ACUCGAGACGAAUUACCUAUGGAAUAGGGUGUGUAUGGGGGAUGCCCUCUCUGUCCCCUUUAUCCUCUCUUGUCUACAAAGUAAUGUACUUUCCUUAUAUUAUCUGCAUCUUUUUCCUCCACUAGCUGCUGUUUCUCUCCUGGGAUAACUUUGAAAAUCGUUGCUUUUUGGCUCGCGCUUUAAAAUGUUUCUGUUGUGGAGUAGUUGUGUUCAUUCACGAAAAAGAAUACUGGCAGUGUUUUUCCCGCCUUCUAUCAGGCCACUUUCCACCAUGCUUUGAUCACGUGAUGUAAUGUAUCCCGAGCGGGGUACAUUGCCUAAUGUAUCACUAUCGGGAUACAUUUCAUUUUAGUCAACGUCACGUGACCAAGGAUCAACCAGUGACAGCCCCUGUUUAGUCGAGUGAAAAUCUAGGAAUAUAAAAAUGCAGCUUGUAGGUUCGAUCCCCAGGGACCUAUACUAAUCAGUGAAAUGAGAAAUGAAGGUACUGCCUUCGCUCUGCUGCAAACAGCUAGAACUUCACGUGGCUGAGACGACUACGUAAACUGGCGGUCCCUUCUCCAUUGGAGGGACGUAAAAAUAGUGUCCUGCUGAACUGACAUAGACACUCAAAAAAGUGCGUUUUUUAACAUUCUUGCACAGUUCAACAUUUUGACCAGGAGUUAGCGUAACAAAUAAAACCAGCCUGUCAACCCUAAGCUAACGUGCAAAGCCUAGGAUUAGAAUUGGACGAUCGCUCCAUUCCCAACGACGCAGCAGUUAACACUGUUUAGUAUUUGCCAAAUCAGUGAAUAGCAAUUUUCGCGCGUUUUGAUUGGCUCCCGUAACUCGGAAUGUCCUUGGUUAUUCACUGUUUUGCGACCGGAGCCAAGAUGGCGUCUUGUUUCAAGACAUUUUCGGAAGACGAAAUUUGAGCGAUAAAUGAAGCAGUCGUACAAACAAAUACCAACAAAGCGACGAACUUUGGCUUGUUGGUGUUUACUGGUAGGUAGAAAAUUAUUUACGUGAUGAAUUUGCAUCAAAAUCGUAAAAAUGCACUUGACAAAAUCAUCGAAAUAUUUGUAAAUUGUAAACAAAGUUCCUACUAAGUGACGUUUUUAAUUUACAAAAAGUUACUUUUUUGCUUUUAUUCAACUGAUUUGGUAAAUACUAAAACAACUAUCCCCCUCAGGGUCGGUGAAGAGCGCUAGAUAUAUACCUCGACGCCUCGCGUCUCGAUAUGUAGUAACCACUAUUCACUUCCCCUUCGGGGGAUAGUUGUAUAAUAUUUUAGCUGAGUUUUGUACCUUGCGCUGUUAAGUUAAGGGGAGUUUACUGUUUAAUGAAUGCAUAUAUUUUCUUUCUUACAGAAAUUAUGUUCAUUUAUGGCGGUUUUUCAGCAUUUUUCGCAUACCACCAUAUUUACGUGGAUGCUGGUGGAAGGAAUUCAUCUUUACGUCAAACUGGUGAAAGUAUUCUCGGUCCAGAAGCUUUACAUCACAUACGUGAUCAUCGGCUGGGGUAAUCAUGUCAAAAUUUCUUACUGCUAAAAACACACCAGCAACCUAGUUUCCAGGCUUCUUCCUGCUCAACAGCCCACGUUCGAUAGAUUAAAAUUCUAACGUGACUCCGAUGCUUUUACGUACAAAUUGCAGCAAAUUUGUAGCUAAUUUGAUGGCGCUGUGCUGAGAGCACUCGCCUCCCACCAAUGUGGCCCGGGUUCAAAUCCCUGCGUAGACGCUAUACGUGGGUUGAGUUUGUUGUUGGUUUUCUCCUUUGCUGCGAUAGGUUUUUCUCCGGAUACUCCGGUUUUGCCCUCUCCUCAAAAACCAACAUUUCCAAAUUCCAAUUCGACCAGGAAUCAGGUAGACGAAGAACCACUUCGUGGAUGUGCUACCUCCACAUCAUUAUUUAUUUUUGUUUAUUUAUUUUUCUCGAUCUCAUCGUUUCCCAGAAGAGACUUAAACACACGGAAAACCAAACCAAAUACAGAAAUAACACCAGAGCUGACCAGACUUCGAGUAAUGUAAACAUUUUGAUAUAUUGAAAUUGGGCUAUUGCGGUGUGCGUGUUAACUGCGGUUAUCGAAUGGUUAUGGGCAAAUUCGUUACAUCCGUUCCUAAGAAGAUCUUUCACUCGUUAGCACCACUUCGUGAUGAGAGAAGCAACGUGGAACGAGUUUGAUUGAAUGGACAGGCGACAGGCGCGUAGCUGGAGUUUGAGAAGGGGUGUUCGUACUGAUACGAAUAUUUCUUAACAGCGGGAAAUACUGUGAGUGCUUAAAGGCGCGAGCCCCUAGGGGUUUAUUGGGGCAAAUUGCUCUCCCAGAAAAUGUUGAAAUCUAGAAACCUGGAAAUGCGAUUUUCGGUAGUCUGCACGUGAAUAUUUCAAACUCGAUCAAGUCUAAAAUAACAGGUAUUUUGAGUUAGCGUUUUCUUGCAGGGUAAUUUAAACUGAGCUGAAACACUCAAAGUUUGUUUUGCAUUUCUCCACUAGUUGCUAAAAGCUGAAAAUUAACAGCUUGUGUUUUUAGUCCUCCAUCAUUGACCUGCAAAGGGGGUUCGUUCGAACCCCUCGAACCCCCCUUCCUACGCGCCUGAUCAGCUCUUUUUUUUAACAAGGCUCCAGGUUAUAAUUAGAUUGAAUCAGUGUGGUUUACUUUAGUCCUUCUUAUAUAUAAAAGAUUUUCUCUUUUUUCCUCAAUGCUUAUUUAAAACAAAACGCGAGUCCAGUUGCGAUUACCUUCAUUAAUACUAGCUAGUUAUUGAUAAAAUAAUUUUCAAACCCAAAUACAUGCAGCAUGAAUACCAUUUACUCUCCCAUUUCCUUCGCUUUUUCUACUACUGUCGGCUUCAUGUGGAGUUAUAAAUGUAAAUUCCGGGAUUUUUGUAUUAUCCGACUUUUGCGAACGUAAGCACCGCCCUCCUAUCAUAAACCUCUAACUGCAAAGUGUUAGUAUUGCCCCAGUCACCUGGGACUAUUCAAGAUGUAAAAACGAGAAGCCAGCUUUUAAUGUGUAACUGUUUCCAGGUAUUCCUGUGAUUAUCGUUGGGCUGGUAGCAGCCAUUAGGCCUCUGACAUAUGAUAUGACUACGACUUACUACAAAGAAGUCAUGUGCGGAACACUGAAACUUCCCGUGGAAAUUAUACGCACCAGGUUAGUUGAUAUGACCGAUUUUUGUGUAGGCUGGAGCAGAACCCUUUUUCGGAUUUUGUUUCACCCGCUGAGAAAAGAGCUAUUUUCUGGGCGGGUGAAACAAGAGCGGAGAGGCGUUUGCUCUCGCAGGCUAGGUGGUGCAGCCCUUUCAGUUAACAUAACGCUCCAUAAAGAAAGUGGAUAAUUACCGUAAAUCAUCUCUAAGAAGCCCCCCUUUUCAUGGGAAGAAUUAAUAAGUCCCCCCCCCCUCUCCUCCCACUAUUAUUAUUCACUAAUAAAUGAUAGAUGUAUCAAUCUAUUACGACUGCAAGACUUCGUGGGGACUGAUCAGGGAUGGUUUUUCACCAACUGGAAGUUUGGAUUUGUUUUUGAUUUUCGGCUGCAUGACCUCCAACCUUUUUGUACUUGAGCUUUUCCUCUUCUUAUUCCCGUUCUUAAAGGAGAACUGACACCAUUGUCUUUGCUAAAUUAAAUAAGCUCCCCCUCUCAAGAAAUCACCCCCACCAAAUGUGUUUGAAAUAAAAAGGCCCUGAGGGGGGGUUAAUAGAGGAUUUACGGUGUGUAUAUGACGGUGCAGCUGAAUUGGUGACUCUUGUCCCAGUACGUACAUCUGUUCUUUAUACUGCAAUAAAUCUUCAGUAUGUUUAUGAGAGCACAAGCACUUCAUACAUAAGGGAUAUAAAAAGAAAUGGAAAUUUUUAUUGAUUUUCAUAAGGUGUUGGCUCCACGAUGGAGAGUGGCUGUACAAAGCACCAAUCCUGACAAUGCUAUCGGUAAGCCGCGUCUUUUCCUUUCAGCAAUAUAUCUUGUAGUAUGCUAGACUUGGUUUACUUUUACGGAAAACUUACGGUAGCACGCACAAGUUUGUAGGUACACCGUGCAAACUAUGACGCAGCUUGCAGUGCAGGAGUUUGUUUUUCUAGGGGCGGGGAACGUGAUAGGAGGGGACGGGACGGGACUAGCGACCACUAGGAUUCGCUCAAGCAUUCCUGAGUCACAGGAGGAAGGUGGGGAAUGAAGUGGGGCCGGAGUCAGGUGAUAAAACUCCGUAUUUUCCUCCCCCGUCCCUCACUUCAACUUUCGCUGUCCAUUGAUGCACCAUGCCCUUAGUCUCCCGAAAUACCUUUAACAGCGGGUGUUAAGUACUAAUUCCUAAUUUUGUGUUUUUCAAUCCAUGUACUACUCCAAAAAGGGUGGAUCACUUAAGUAUAAUUAAUGUAUAAUGUAUUCCAUAGUAGAGAGGAGUUACUUAUGGAACAAAUCAGUUAACAAUAUUGUACCAUUGCAGAUCAAUGUCAUAAUCUUCGUGGUUCUGUUAAGAGUGAUAUUUACGAAGAUAUCAAUCAAGUAUCAUAGUAACCAUGUACAGAAAGCUAAGUAAGUAAAAUAUAACAGCAUCUCAGGUAAGCCAUAUCAUCUUCUUAGAACAAAGAAUGUAACUCUUUUAGUUUCAUUUUAGCACGGGGAAUUUCCCUGCGAUUCUCUCUUCUCUUUUCGAUCUACUGAUAGGUAGAUUUUUUAUAAGAGAUCCGCCCAUUAAACUCAUCGGUUCAUAGUGUGCUUUUGCUGUUCUGUUUUUAAGGUUUAUUUCAUAAAUACAGCUUUUGAUUUUGAAAACUCACACGCCAAGAACCGGCUUAGAAGGUUGGCCCGACUUUUCUCGAUGAUUGCCAUUCUUAACAGUACCGUGAUAGCCCGCUCGGUAUUCGAAAUCAUUUAUGGAGAGUUUCCCUUUGCCGGAAAAGCUAUUUAAAAUAAAACUUGACCUUUAUUUUUCCUUAACACUGGUAAAGAAAUCUCGUUGGUUUGUAUUUUCAAAGGGUUGCUAAGGAGAGCUGGUAUGGCUCAGUCCCUUAACUCAUAACCAUCUUUAAUAUGAGGAACGGAGAAUCGGGAAAUGGGGCACGAGGAACGGGAACAGAGAGUUUUCAAAACGGAGAAUCUUUAAAAUGAGAAAUUUUGGGGCGAGGGGGUAUCCGUUCCUCAUUCCCCAUUCCCCAACUCGCCGUUUCCCCGUUCCUCGUUUUAAAGAGAGCCCAUAAUUCAUCGCGUUUUUUUUUUGCACAGGAGAGGAAUCAGGAGUAUUGCUGCCCUCCUUCCCUUACUGGGAGUCACGUGGCUGCUAGGAAUUGUCGCUGAAUUGAACGAGAUCAUCCAGUAUCUGUUUAUUAUCUUAAACUCCUUACAGGUAAAAUGCUGAUAAUAAACAAAAAUGAGUAUGUAAAGGCAGAUACAACACAACAUAACAUACCGUUAACUGACAAAUAAAAGGCAAAUAAGUUAACUAGCCGUAUCCUCACUACCCUAAUCCAGCAGGGUCGCAAGCUUCCUAGUCCAGCCGUUGCGCGUACACGCAAAACAAUCGUCGUAGCUACAAUAUUCCCCUCUUUUACAGGGAAGCAGUGGUGGUGCAGCGGUUAGGGAACUACUGUAACCUGGCUUCAACUCCAAGCGUCGACUGCAUCGACUGUGUUUUUUCAGUGGUUCUCCUCGUGUUUGUCGAUGCUUACUUCGGGAAAUUUUUUUCUUAGUACACCAGUUUUCUCCUAUAUCACUCACGGCUAUUAUUCGGGGAAAUACGGUUUCAGCUGAAAUACCAACACCUUCAAUUGCUAAAGCUCCUAAGUUCCUACGCGGCGAGUGACAUGUAACAGUAGGUCCAGGCCAGGGCGCUAUAACGGAAGGAUUCUUCUAUAAAAUCUUAGUACAAACAAAUACGAUAAAAGCGCCGGAACAGUGAGAGUGCGAGGGUAUGUCCUAAACAAAUUUGGUAAAUUUGGUUUAAUCUUUCGCGCAUGCACAUUGAUGAAACUGUCUUACUGUCGUGUUGUGUAGUAUCUGCUACUAAAUAACUAUAAGUUUCUCUCUCGCUUUCUCUACAGGGCCUUUUGUUUUGCAUCUUUCAUGGUUUGCUGGAUGACCAGGUAUUUCCUUCAAGCUCCGAACUUUUAAAUCGUUAACUUUUCAGUUUCAAUUAUAGUGGACCUUUUUUGAUCUGCAGAAACUAAUUUUAUAACAUGACGGCGGUUUGGGUCAUUUGAAUAAUUUACAAACGCCAGAAUUAGUUUUGUAUUCGGAUUCCUCAGUUCUAAGCUGCUCAUUGUCAUUCUCGAGCACGCUUUACAAUGGGAUGUACAGACAGUGAAGCAAAUUAAAGGCAAAGGACAAGAAAUGGCGUAAAAUGUGAUAACUUUGGAACUCGGCCGGAUAUAUACAGUUAGUAUAUACACACUCAGUGAUCUUGGUGAUUUAAGCAAUCUGAUUGGUUCGCUAUCUCGGACUAUUCAACAAUAUUCACCUCCUAGCGAGUGGAUAAUGUGUGAGCUCGGUGUUUUUCCCGUUUUUUUUAGAGAACGAUCUUUUAAAAGUCGACAAAAUCCUAGGGCUGACUUUUUUUAAGGCAAGAAAAGACUUGGAAGGAUUCAAUACGGCGUUUUUCAAUUUACUGUAGCAGGAGUUUUGUGCUCGGUGGAUUGUUUACAACUCCCGUGUAUUCGCGUAGAAGAAGCCGUUUCGUGAACUCAGCGUUUUCUAAGAAGAAAAUUUUGGCUCAAAAAUCGAAGUUUAUUUAUGACAAACAAAUUUAAAAGGAAAUGUUUGCAGAAAUUCUACAUUUCAAGUAAACAGGAAAAAGAAUGAUACAGGAAGACGACCUCUUACCUCGAGCAACCGAGCCGCCAUUUUUGUCAGCACUUCAUGCGAAGAACGACACAACAUGCCCUUUUGGCUAUAAACUUGGCGAGUCAACAGAAAACAACACAGCUCUACUUUUUUUCUCAGGUAAGGAAACAGUUCAAACUUUUAGCGAUUCCAUUGAAGCCAUUACGCUGUUGUUUGCGAAAUGAGUAAACUUGUGAAUUGCCAUGUUUGAAAAUUCUGCAAAGAUCUAUUUUUAAACUUACGCGUGAUUUGAUCUGUCAAUCAAAUCCUACUUUUGAAUGGUUUCCUUUCUGAUUUUGUUGAGAUCACUUCGUGUGUAUAUACUAAAACAAUUAUUCUUCUCAAUCUCGGUGAAUAGUGGCUUUGGGAAUAUUUAAUAUUUUGCCACUAUUCACCUCGAUUUCAAAGAAUAAUUGUUAAAUAACGUUGUCAAUCUUUUUCAGAUAAAGGAUGAUGUGGUUAAAUUCUUUAGGUGGACAAGAAUGAAGAUUUCGUUUGUAAGGGACAGAACCUCGACGACUGCAUCAACAGCCAGCAACCUCACAAUAAUAACUGCAGGUAACAAGUGUUUUGAUAUCAUUAUGUUAUAUACGUAUCAUCAGGAAAUUUUGGUGUCUUCUCUUUUUGCCGCGUAUUCCUUAGGGUGGUAGACGAAGAAAGCUUUUUUAAAAAGCUGUCGCUCCCCAGAGCUGAGAAUAACCAGGCCAUUCGAUCAUAAUUGUGUUUGUACGAGGGGAGCAGAGUGCUAAAAUUUCGGUUUUUGCAAAAGGUGUUUAAACUCAGCCACCUGCGUCGCUGCAUGGAAUGCAUUGAUUUCAGUUCAGACCCCUUUGCUUUCCUUUUUUUUUGUAAUUUGUACGCCUGUAGUGAUUCUUUUACGCCCCACAGAGAAAGAUUAAGUGAAAAUCAUGCUCCUUGCAACAGGGCUUAGGAUUUUUCGUCCUUAUCGACUUAUCCGAGGGGACUAGAAUGUCUGACCAUAUGCAAAGGUGAAGCAAAAGCAGCAACUUCCCAGCUACUUUCUAUGUGAGGACCUGCAGAGCAUAUAUCCUGCGGGGGUCUGAAACAAACCGGAGUCUACCGUUUUGAAGUCUGGUACCUUUUAAGGUAAAAAACAAUUGAGCUAACGAGUUGAACAUAUGUGCCGGAUUUUCUCCGAAUAACGUUUUACUUAUUGGUUCGACACCUAUCCAAAGGUAACAGAAAAUUCCUCGCGGAGAUUAAAAAUUGCUCGUUUUUUACUGAACUCCAACCUACAAAGACUGGAGGGCUUUUACAAGUUCUUCCAACGACUUCUUUUAUCUGAUUUAUACCCAGGAUCCAUGAUUGGCGAGAAACAGAUUACUGGACAGCACUUACCUAUGCAUGAAGUAACUGCAGCCGGGCAUGAUGACACCAAGUUGUAAAAUACAUAGUAAUAGCUUUAGGAUAUAGUGUUCGCAAAAUCGCUUAAUCAACGCAUAGAGACCGUCAUUUUUCGAAGUGCUGAUAUCUCUCGUUAGGCAAUGCACUGAUUGCAAUUUUCAACGAAUUUCUGUUUUAAUCUUCUAGCUUCUGUUUUUUUCUAAAUUUGGCUACAAGAUUUCUCAAUCACUCGGUUUGACGGUUCAAGAAAACUGUACCUCUCUAAUGUUUGCGCAACGUACAGAAAAUUGGAAAAAAAUCAUUAUUCUUAACUCAUACUCAGUAAAGAUGUCGUAAAGACACAAUUAACUUUAAGGACACUUAAUGUAGCAAAAGUAGUUUUAUUUUUUUGUGUGUCUGCAGUUGUCUAUAAGUUUAUGAUUAUAGUUAAUUUUUUUCAAAUUUUAUGUUCCCAUAGAAACGCCAUAAAUGAAAUAUUAGAAAGGCACAGUUUUACCUUACUGAGCACUCAAACUGUGAGUUUGGGUAUCCUUUGCCGAUAGACGCGUUUUCUCAAAAUAUAAGACGGAAUGAUUAACAAAUUGUUUAAAAGAAGAGAAUCUAAAUGAACGGAUGUGGGCAGCAGGAACUGAAAUCAAUAUCAAAUCAUGAAAACUGUAUGGUAUCUGAAUCGUGUUACAGUGCACACAUACUUUGUCAUUUGUAGUGUUUAGUUUAGUUUUGUUUUUGCUAGUUUUGUUAGAAAAAGGUAACAUAAAGCUUAUUUAAAACCCGUAUGUAGUUUUAUUUGUAUUUUAUUUUCAAUCAACACGCAUAGAAUUAAAGUUCUUGAUAAAAUGUGAGAAACGUUUUCUUAAACUUUCGCCUCCACGGCUAGGCUGGUAACGUCCUCUCCACUGGCUAAUGCACGGCUGGAGGAACUACAAAGCCGUUUUCAGUACACACUUUUAAAGAUCACUCCCUCUACCGUUAAAAAGGCUGAUCCUAGACUGUUUAAAGUCCCUUAUUUUACCGUGAAAUCGUCGAGAUAAAGCCGCCUUUCUUAAAUAGGUAGCUACCGAUCUUGGCUUACAUUGACCGACUCUUUCCUUUGUUUCCGCGGUACGUUUAAAAAUCAAGAAAGCCACCAGCUAUAGCAAGCGCCCAUAUUGUCUCUUCGCCAAAAGGGAAACAGCCUGAUCUGUUGGUUACCCUGUCACCCCUCCUUUUCAAUUAACUUAACGCCACGCAUCUCUGUCUCUCCCAUCAUCGGGAAAAAGAACUCGGAUAAUUGCGCCUUGUACAGAACCAAAAAAACCGCGGACGAAAGUUAACAUUUUGUUUGAAUUUGAACUGAAAUUAAAACAUUAACAUUCAAAUCUGUGAAACAGCCUUGAGUCAUGACGUUCUUAACAAAGGGUGGUCUGCCUGUGGUAUGGCGCGACAAAGCCGUGUAAUAGGCUCUUCGCCUAAUCAAAUUCAAUUGGCCAUUUCGGAGUUGCGUAGGAAACUGGGGCGAGUUUCAAAUUUAAACUAAUCGAUUAACUGACACCACCAUAUAAAAAGUUAUGUUGAGAUUGGUUUUUUGAACAGUUUGGUGCUUUAAAGUUGCACAGGGAUCAAGUUAUGACUCUUGAAACAUGAUUAAAGAUCCAUACAAACCUCUGUAAUUUUGUGACAGCGUCCUCCAAAACCAUAUAAACUCUUAAUUUUUUUCACGAUUUCUGUGAUAUUCCUAAAAAUGGGCAAACACAGUGAUUUUCGAAUUACUUCCUCCCAAGUAGUAGAUGCAUGGCGAAUUUUACAGUUUCAAAGGAAACGUUUAUAUGGUUUUGAGGGACGCUGUCACAAAAUUAUAGACGUUUGUAUGGAUUUUUAACCAUGUUUCAAGAGUCAUAACUUGAUCGCUGUACAACUUUAGAGCACGAAACUUGGUCAAAUGACCAAUCUCAACCAGUCCGGAAUAUCCCUAAAUUUAAGGACAGGGCCAACUGGUCACGCGACACUUUUCAACCAAUGAGAGGGCGCGCUUGUGUUUAUCAACAAACAAAUCAAAACAUCGCCUCAGUGAUCAAACAUUUUCAAAACAACGGACGGAGUCGGACAGAAUUAAAGAUGAGCUUACAGCACUCGUCUAGGUUUCACAUUUAAUAUUUCAAAGAAAACAUUUCAUGUAAGAGAAUAAGAGCAUUAAUCAUUGCAAGGAACGAAUCAUUGGGGUGUUCCAACUGAUUCCGGACCGAUCGCGGAGGUCGUGGCUUCACUGGCAUGGCUUGCAAGAUUUUUGAUAGAAGCAAACUAGUCCCGUGAAAAAUAGCCUUAGAGAGAGCGUGAAAAUUUGUUGAGAUCGUACAAAACAGGAUUGGUACUACCUAUUAACUUCUACAGGACAAGAAUCAAAGAAUCAGUCAUCAUAACAUGAAUAGAAAGUAGUUCAAAUUUAUUAACUUUUCUUGUUUGUGUUUUGUGUUGUUUCGUGUUGACUUCACGCAUCUGGUGCUUUCUUUGCUUGCUGUAGUACCUGCAAUGUUUUAAUUUUAUCCCAGAUAAUCAGUGCAUGUUCAAUGAGUAGCGAAAUACAUCAUUUACAAUUGAGAUUUGCCUUGUUUCUUUUAUUGUUUUUGAACGGUGGAUGAACAUUUGGAGAAUGCAACAACAUUAAAUCUUUCCAGAUUAGUGAAUUUCAGAAACAAAGCGGUUAGUAUCUACGUUGCGCUUAUGAUCUUCAAAUUUCAUCCCCGCAAAUUCGGCAAAGUGAGGCGAAAUGUUGGACGUUAAUAUCCAUAAGACUAUUAAAGUUGUUUUGGCCUUGAAAAGAAAAAAGGCAAAGGCUCGUACUAAUGCGAAAAAAAGUAAUAACACGGCUCUGUGAGAAACCCGGGAGUGGAAAACGUACGUGUUUUGGACCUCGGAAUUCAAAAAUUGUCUACCAGAAUUCUAGGUUGUCUACCAUCCCCACAUUCAACAUGAUAAAAGUUAAUCGAUAGGACAAUCGAGGAAAAAUAUCUAGAACUUCGUAAAAAAUCUGUGAAUCGAAAAAAUAAUAGACACUUGUUCACCUACCUUGAAAACCGACCAAACUCUCGCCUAUGCAUCGCAUUGUUUAAAGGAUAAAAGAAGAAAUAAGCCACAAAAUGUGCUGAAUAUUUCACGAGACACUUCCAAUAUGGCUUCCGAUACGCUGUCUACUUAAAAAAAUUGUGUAUUCCUCAUGAAAAGUCUUUGAAAUAUGCCUGAGAGCCUCGAAACGAUGACUGAUUCUGUCUGCCUCCGUCCGUUGUUUUGAAAAUUUUUGAUCACUGGGGCGAUGUUUUGAUUUGUUUGUUGAUAAACACAAGCGCACCCUCUCAUUGGUUGAAAAGUGUCGCGUGACCAGUUGGCCCCGUCCUUAAAUUUAGGGAUAUUCCGGACUGUCAACGUGACCUUUUAUAUGAUGGUGUCAGGUGUCAGUCAGUUUAUUUAAACUCGCCCCAGUUCCUUAGGCAACUCAGAAAUGGCCAAUAGCGAGCGUGCUUCGUUAGCCUGUGCCAGGCUCUCAGAGAGUAUAGUGCGAACGAGCAAAGCGAAAAUAAGACGCGCGCGACUUGUGAAAGGGGGCUCAAGUGCAUCCAUUACUCAACAGUACAAGAUGAAGCGUUAACCAUGUGUUUUAUAACGUAGAUUCAAGAAAAAAAACGUUUGAAUUUGUUAACCUAUAGUAGGGAAAAGAGGUGAGUGUUGUUGUUGUCAUCUGCGCGAGCUGUGCGUCGAGCUACGGCGUGUUUGCAAAAUUUUUUCUUUCAAAAAGAAUUUUUCGGUGAAUUACUGAACAGUUUUCCGGCACCUCAAUUUGGAUUUUGCCAUCUUUUUGGGAAUGAUCUUAAGCGACUUCAGUAAACUGUCUCUCAGUUUCAAGGCAAAAACAUAACUGUGAGGUAAACACAGACGCGUACUGGUACAGUAACAAAAAUUUAAGUUAACUUCCGCAUUGAUCGCUUCGGACAAUGUUAUAAAACGAUUAGUUCAUGCUUCAGCUGCGCGUAUGUCGAGAUAUUGAGCACUUCAAUGGGAAGUUUGAAGAUCUGAUUGUGGGUUAAAAAUUCAUUGUUUAAUCAAAAUAGCAGUAUUUCCAUCCAAACUUUAUAGUACACUUGCGGAGCACAGUUACGGAGGUAUGUUUUUCUUUAAACGUUUGUUAUUUUUCCCUGUACACGUACUUGACUCAGCUGACUCACGCCACCUAAAAUUUGGCAGCUCAGCCGAUCGCUUAUGAGCUCUUAUGCAAGUGUGGAACCAUACUGAAAUCUUAGGUUUGUAUAUAUAAGCAACUGAUUGAAGUCCUAUCCGGCUAUGUUGGAUGAAAGACAGAACUAAUUCAACU